AUGGCCGAAACCUCCACCACCACCACGACGAUCCCACCUCCUCUCCCUCUCAAAAUCAUCGCAGGAGCAGACUCUUUCGGCUGCUCCCUCAAAGACGCACUAGUCUCCCACCUCCGUUCCCUCAACAUAGAAGUGGAAGACCUCGGCACUUCCUCUUACUACUCCAUCGCCGCCGAGGUGGGCCGCCGUGUCUCUGCCGCCUCGUCCACCCCAUCAUCCCCAACCCCAGAUAUCCGCGGCCUUGUAGCCUGCGGCACUGGUGUUGGUGUCUCCAUCUUCGCCAACAAAUUUCCUGGUGUCUUCGCCGCCACUUGCCUCUCCACUGCAGAUGCCGCCAACUCUCGAUCCAUCAACAACUCCAACGUCCUUGCCGUCUCCGGCAUGGCAACAUCGCCGGACUCCGCCAUUGAAAUCCUCGACACUUGGCUUAAAACCCCUUUCAAAUCUCCAUGUCCUGCCUCAAAUUCUACUCCAUGGAGCGCAGAAUUAGAAUCCUUCUUGGACAAUUCACUCAGCGAAAUGCCAGUAAUUGGGGCUAAAGAUUCUAAUCCCAAACAACAAGAGGAUGAAAGUGGGAAUACAAGCGCGUGCGCACUCUGCUGUCUGGUGAAGAACAGAAAACUAGACCCUAUCGAGAUUAUUCCAGGCGGGGCAAUGAAGAUAGUUAGAGAGAGCCCAACAUCAGCUAUAGUAAGUUUCAAAGCAGGGAGCGUAGAGCCUGCACAUCACCAUACAUUUGGGCAUGAUUUGGUGGUGUUAAAAGGGAGUAAAAGAGUGUGGAAUUUGAGUAAGAAAGCGAAAUAUGAUCUGGGUGUUGAUGAUUAUUUGUUUACGCCGGCCGGAGAUGUGCAUAGAGUGAAGUAUUUUGAGGAUACUGAGUUUUUUAUCAAGUGGGAAGGGAAAUGGGAUAUCUUCUUUGAUGAAGAGAUGGAGGUUGCUAAGUUUGAAAUUGAGAAGGAAGCAGAGGAUGGGUUUGAGUUGAUAAAGUAA